UGAGGCGCGCCGUGCGUUCUCCCGGGGAAGUUGUCCCUGGAUCACGGGACGCUGGCCGUGGCGGGCUGCACAGGCUCCCGGGAGGGGCGGUGUGGAGAGUGACCUGUGCUCGCACACAGGCUUCUUGGUGGCGGCAGCAGCAGCCCCAGCGUCUCCUGCCCGUCUCUGGGGUCCGCGCUGUUAGCCGCGGCUCGCGCCUGUCUGUGGGGCUCCUUUAAGAGGCGGUCUUAAUCCCCUCUCCUCGCGCACCAGGAAACAAAGAGGGAAGAAAAAGUCUCUUGCCUCUUCCGCAGCUGCAGACUUUUUCCGGGACUCCCUCCCGGCUAGCCGUGGCGCACUAGCCCCUUCAGCCUGUGUUCACGCCGCCAGCCCCAGUCCUCUCCCUGCGAUCCGACCGAAGCCGAGCCUCAGCUCCCAGCCCCGCCCGCCCCGGCGGCUAAGCAGACAAGCCUCUCGGGCUGUUUGUCGGGCUUUCUUUGCAUAGCCAUCAAUGUCUGAAGAAGUCACUUAUGCAGAUCUAAAAUUCCAGGACUCCAGUAAGACAGGAAAAAUCCAGGAGUUUGACAAAUUUGGGAUAAAAGUACCACCUGCUGCGUCCCACGUAUGGCGUCAAAGAGCCUGGGCUCUGACUCUUCUAUGCCUUCUGCUGCUGAUUGGACUGGGAGUCUUAGGAAGCCUAUUUUACAUAACUUCGAAGAUAGACAUGGAAAAGUUGAAUAAACUACAAAAUUUCAAAGAAGAACUUCAGAGAAAUGUUUCUCUACAACUAAUGCAUAACAUGAAUAGCUCUGAGAAGAUCAGGAAUCUCUCUAUCACACUUCAAGAAACAGCCACCAAAUUAUGUCAUGAGUUAUAUACAAAAAUCCCAGAGCACAAAUGUAAACCUUGUCCAAAGAAAUGGAUGUGGCACGAGGACAGGUGUUAUAUACAAUUUAUGCAUUACGAAACGUGGCAAAAGAGUGACAAGAUAUGUUCUGACCACAAUGCCAGCCUGUUGAAGAUUACAAACAAAAGCAUGUUGGAAUUUAUAAAAUCCCUGAGGUUAUAUGACUAUUGGCUGGGAUUAUCUCCCAGAAAAUAUAAAAAAGGCUACAAGAUCUUGGAUGAGACAAUUAUAUCCUCUGACUGGUUUACAAGAAAUACAAAUGACUUAGAUGACUGGAUGUAUUGUGGAUACACAGAUAACACAUAUGUUUAUCAUACUAGGUGCACCGAGACUAAACGUAUUAUAUGUGAGAAGCUGGCCAAUCCAGUGAAGAUUGAGAGUAUACUAAUGAGUGAAGUACCAGAAGCAUGAAUGUAGUUAGUGCAAUUAUUUUGCCCCAGCUAUUAUCCUGCAAUUAAAGGCAACUUUAGGGAGCAUACAUCUUGCGGAUCACACAAAUGGAAUAAAGAUGCACUGAGACUACA